CUUGAAGGGGUCGGUGAUCCCCACGCAGGAUGCGUCUGGACGCCAACGUUCUGCGUUAUCUGUCCAAGACGGACUUCCGAGUCCUUACGGCAGUGGAGAUGGGCAUGAAGAACCAUGAAGUAAGGAGGCAGAUCCCUACAUACACACAACGCAUCCAUUAGUGCACCGCACAAACACACAACUGGUGCGUUAUCCUCUCUCUCCCUCUGUCGUGUGUGUGCCAGGUGGUGCCGGUGCCUUUGAUAGAGUCCAUCGCCAAGGUGAAGCGGGCGGGCAUCUACAAGAUCCUGCAGGAGCUCCUCAAGCACAAGCUGCUCGCACACGACCGCAAGAAAUACGACGGGUUCAAACUCACCUACCUAGGGUCAGUCAGUGAGGGGAGGCAGUAGACAAAUAGAGACAACAAACAGAUCACUCGAGGGAGCUGAGCUCUACUGGUGUUUUGUUUUCCACACAGGUAUGACUUUUUGGCGUUGCGAGCGCUCGUCCAUCGCGGUCACAUUGUGGGUGUCGGCCGGCGUAUAGGUGUCGGGAAGGAGAGCGACAUCCACCUCUGUGUCACUGGUGACGGCACCGUCGUCUGCCUCAAACUCCACAGACUCGGUCAGCUCAGCAGGGGAAAUACACACCACACCCUGCCAACAUGGACAGAGUGUGUGAUCCCUCCCUCCCUCCCCGCCUGCCUGUCUGUGUGUGUGCAGGCCGGGUAUCGUUCCGUUCGAUCAAGCGGAACCGUGACUACCUGCAGUCGCGUCAGUCGGCCAGCUGGAUGUACCUGUCGCGACUGGCGGCCGUCAAGGAGUUCGCCUACAUGAAGGCCCUUCACGACAACGGCUUCCCAGUGCCGCAACCAAUCGACACCAACCGCCACGCCAUCCUCAUGAGCUUUGUCCAGGGAUAUCCUAUGGCCCAGAUACGAGAGCUCCGCCAUCCACAUGCGGUGCUGGAGCGGCUGAUGCAGCUCAUUGUGCGGUUCGCGCAGAGCGGCCUGAUCCAUGGGGACUUCAACGAGUUCAACGUCCUCAUCGACAACGAGGAGAACAUCACUGUCAUCGGUGCGCGCGUCAUGGGACGACAGGCGGGCAGAGGGAGGGAGAGGGAGAGGGAGAGGGAGGCCAGGGGCAACACAAGUGUGUGUGUGGGUGUGUGGGUGUGUCAGAUUUCCCCCAGAUCGUGCCGACGACGCAUCUGAACGCCGAGAUGUACUUUGCGCGUGACGUCGACUGCAUCAAGACGCUCUUCUUCCGCAAGUUUGGCAUACAAGUCGCGGAGGCGCCCACGUAAUGAGCCAACCUACCACCACACACAACACACAACACUUGUGUGUCGCAUUUCCUGUUGCUUGUUGUGACAUCGGUCGGUCAGUUUUCACGAGGUGGUGCCCCCUGAAGAGCUGGAAGAGCUGAGGCGGCUGACCACUCGUGAGGGCCGACGAGGGGUGAUGCAUGCCAACCCGCUGGAGGCCGACGACGAGCAGCUGCUGAGCGACGUGCUGGCGGCCACUCGCCCCGAUGGCGACCAAUCGGACGAGCACUCCCUCUCGUCGAGAGAUCUGAGGGUGAGCGGCAUGACCGCGUGUGGUUCAGUCACUCGAUGUGUGUGACACAUUGAUCGUGUCAGAGCACUGAGGUGGGUGAGGAGCUGCAUCCAGAUGAGGACGGGGAUGGAGAGGAGGAGGACCUCCCAGAGACUGACCACCGGGACAGCGCCUCCCCCACGCCCCCCUUCUUCGACCUCCACACGUGGCAGGGCCAGGACGACCCAAACGACAUCAACAACGAUGGCGAUGAUCAUGAAAACGACAACCAUGACGUCCAUGCGCUAUCAACACGAGACGACGAGACAGGAGGGAAUCGGGGACAAGAGGAGGCUGCAAGCGAAGAGGGUGGUGCGGAUGGUUCAGAGGGCAGCAGCGGUGACGAAGAUGCUGAUGUUGAUGGGCGUGAAUGUGAGGAUAAGCCCGCGAGGAUAUCGGUGUGGCGUCCGACUGCCCGGCGUCACAACGCGGAUCAGUUGCGGUCGCGUGUGCGGCAGAAGGCCAAGCGUGCUGGCAAGGGCAACUACGGCCAGCAGAAGACCAGCGAGAGACGAAAGCUCAAGACGGAGAUGCGGGACUACAUGUGAUGUGAUCAACGGGGUGGGUGAUGGGACUUGCUGACCGUAGUAAGUAGAUCAUGUAUGUAUGUGUCGAUGAGUGAGUGAGUGAGUGCGAGGGAGACGAGACUUCUUGGCAUCCGUGCAUAUACUCAGUCCCAUCAGGG